AUGGUUACCAAUGCCAAGGGCCUCGUGACUCGCAUGCACGACCCCUCUUCGCAGGAGGUCUGGCGCGCCUCCAACACCAGCCUCAUCUCGGCCGUGGCCGAUGUCCGCCAGGCCGUCGAUCCCUCGCGCAUCCUGUUCCCACUCACUGGCCCGCCCGGCAACCAUGCCGCCAACCAGACGAAGAUGAACCUUACGCCUCUGCAGACUCCACGGGAGCCGGCCACCGUGACUGUCGUCGUGCCGAGACGCGGCACCAACGCAACCCGACCAUCGGCAGCCAAGACGCUGUCGGGCCAGUCGGACGCCGGACUGUAUUCGCCGCCGGUGCAAGAACUGCAACAGUUGGUCAUUGAAGGUAGCCUCAGGCCCUGGUCUCCAGCAUGGUCCCAGGUUAUGGGAUUUGCUGUGCCGACGCCAAUUGUAGUCUCGAACCCUUGA